AUGAUCGUCAACAUGCUCAUCACAGUCCUUUAUCUAUCACUUCUUUUAAACUCAGGUCUCUCAGUUAAUGUUCUGCAGUCUGCAGAUCAAGUGUCUCGACCAGGAGUCACAGUGAUACUGGAGUGCAGCCCGGGUCCAGGGUUCAGCCUGCAAACCAUCUUCAUGUACUGGUAUCGACAAAAGCACUACGCAGCUCCUAUAGAGUUCCUCCUGUCAGAGUUAGAUUUCUCUGUGGGGCACUUUCAGUCGAUCACCGAUCAAAACAAGAACCGCUUCUCUCUUCAAAACGAUGAAGUAUUUCUCAACGACAGCAGCAGAUACUACUGUGUUGCCAGCCACAUGUAUAGCUGGCUGUGUGUAACCUGGGGCUCUCGAUGGAGCAGAAAACAUCAACACUCUGAAGGAGACAGUCAGUGUGACACUGGAAGGGAAGCGUUCUUUGGAAAAGGAACAAAACUCACUGUUCUGGAGUUUGACGUCAAGUCACCAAAUGUGGAGGUGCUCAGACCAUCAGCAAAAGAGUGUCGAAACCCUCUGGACAAUGAAAGACAGAAGACCUUAGUGUGUGUGGCCAGUGAUUUCUACCCGGACCAUGUCAGUGUAUUCUGGCAGGUUGACGGACACAACGUCACCAGCGGUGUAGUAACGGACGAAGCUGCCCUGCGGGAGGGCAACUUCUACAAAAUCACCAGCCAGCUGAGGGUCUCUGCCGAAGACUGGUACAAACCCGAGAGUACAUUUGAGUGCGUAAUCAGAUUCUUCAAUGGGACGGAAUAUGUCAAUUAUCCAUCAUCAAUCUCUGGUGAACCAGUUCCAGGCAACGUCCUGACCAGAGAAGAAUAUCUGAGGAUCACACAGAAAGCCAAACUCUCCUACGGCGUGUUCAUCGCCAAGAGCUGCGUCUACGGAGCCUUCGUGGCCUUUUUGGUUUGGAGACUCCAGAGUUCAACUCAGAAGCAGAGGAAGUGAGACCUGAGUGCGAAGGAAAAUGAACGGUUGCUUUAUGUAAAUAAAUCUGAGAACAAAAUAAUCCUAUAAAGCUUUGAGUCACAGUGCAUUUGUACUCGUACGUAAAUAUAAAAUGUUAAAAUUCUGCACUUAGUCGAUAAAUCAGCUUGUUCUUGUUAAAGAUGUUAAAUUUAUAACCAACCUGAAAACAGAAUAAUCUGCUGCAGACUUGUUUUCACUGCUUUAUAAUUAUCUGUGUUUGUUUGUGUUGCGAUGCUUGUGUGAUUCAUUUUCCUCUCAAUAAAAGCAAU